UCAGGCGUCAUGCCGUUCCCGUCAGCUGAAGCCGUGCUGACGCUGCUGCUGGCCCUCCACGCGGUGGUGACGUGCGCCGCCGAGACCGAGCCCCGGCAGCCGGCCGACCCCGGCCCGCGGCUCGCCGAGACCAUCGGGCGCAGCGACCCGUCCAGCCCGAUCGAGGUCAACGCCCCCGGCUGCGGCGCACCAUCGCCCCGACUCCUCGCCGCGAUCCAGGAGCCUGUGACCGUCGCCGCUGCGGCAGAGCCCGCCCUGCCGCCUCCUAGGCCGCCGCUGCGCAUCGUCGGUGGCCGGCCGGCUCCGGCAGGCGCCUUCCCCUGGCUGGUGGGCGUGGCCAACUUCUUCGGUUCGAUCCCGUUCUGUGGCGGCGCCAUCAUCAACGAGCGGUUCGUGCUGACGGCCGCCCACUGUCUCAUGAGCCGAUACCCCAUUACUCUGAGCGUGCUGGUCAACAAGCAACUUCGGAAAAAGGACGCCAAUCAGAUCAAGUUUAGCAUUAAGAGGAUCAUCCGGCAUCCAGACUUCAGUCGCAAAACACUCAAUGCCGACCUGGCUCUGCUCGAGCUGAAGGAGUCACUUAGGGAACUGAUCUUGGCCCGCACCGUGUGGCCCAUCUGCCUGCCGACGGCGCCGUGCGGCGGCGGCUCCAACAGUGACGCCUGCUUUCUGGGGCGCAAGGUCAUCUUGGCCGGCUGGGGCUCGCUCAAGCGGGGUGGCCCCAAGCCAGUGGAACUACAGUACACCAGCGUCAACAUCCUGCCGAACGGCCCUUGCGCUGAGAGUUACAUACGGGAAGACAUCCGCGUCAAUGACAACAUGAUCUGCGCCGGACUCGAGGCCGGGGGGAGGGACACUUGUCAGGGCGACAGCGGCGGCCCGAUGAUGCUGGAGCGGUCCGACGGCGCCUUCACGCUGGCCGGCGUCGUCAGCUUCGGCUUGUUUUGCGCCUCGCCCGACUUCCCCGGCGUCUACGUGCGCGUGACCGAAUUUAUCGACUGGAUCACACAGGAAAGUCAGCUCUGAAGUCCUUGGAGGACCUGAGAAGUGGACGCUUCUGGGAAAUCGGAGCACAGAAUGAAAUCGGAGCACAGUAUGCGCCAUUUGAGCACGGAAAUAUUCCUUCAACCAAGAGCCAUUUCUGGUGGGCCUUCGCAGCUGUGUGAUGUUUGCUGUCUGUCGUGAAUAAAUGUGCU